AUGAGUGCUGUGGUGGCGACGACCAAGUCGUACACGCACGUGGUGUCCGCAGACGGACGCACUAUGACGGUACGCUUACACGCGGCCCAGAGCAGUCGUGAUUGUUUCUCCGCCGAUCAGCCCAGUACCGGACACGCCGUCUGGUUUGCGGCGGAGAAUCUGACGCAAAUGCUGGUGGAUCAGGUCCGUUCGCCCUCGAAGAGUUGGAGGGAAGCCCGACAUGUAUUGGAACUCGGGGCAGGACCCGGCUUGGUAGGGAUAUGGGCAGCCAAGCUUCUCGAAGACGGCGGUAGUGGUGCCCGUGAUAACGGCAAUCUUACUCCUGGCACUGAAACUCGGCAAUAUCUAUUCACAGACGGGGAUGCGGAUGUUGUGGCUUUGUUGCAGCGGAAUUGUGACUACAACGCGAUGCCAGACAGUGUCGUGUGCGCCAAACUUUGGUGGGGACCCGAGGAAUCGUCCGCGUUGCGAAGUUUGCGUCCGGGAGGCUUCGACAUUAUACUCGGCGCCGAUUUGAUUUACGGACGUGAGCAUACUUUGCAACAAGGGAACGUCCUAGACAAUCUCAUGAGUACCGUGCAAACGCUGCUGGCAAUCAAUGGCGUUUUCUACCUGGCUUUCACCCGGCGAGAUUUGCCCGUGGACGUCGUUCUGGCUUGUGCCGAGAAACACGGAAUGGUGUACGAGCUAGAAGAAGACUAUGUUUUUGAUAUUUUUGACACCAAUACUGAUGGGCAGACUUGUUUCUGGAGAGACGCUAUUUAUGCUUUUCGUCGAACACGCAUUGCGGCGUCGCCAUUGCUUCCGGCUGCGGCAACACCUGAUGGCGCCGUCGAUAGAGGGUGUGGACACGACGGAAUAAUACCAUAG